UCUUUUCAUCUAUCGCUCAAACCUGCUAUUAUGGCAUUGCUGGGAUUAGGUUUUCUCCUCCUAGGAUUUCUACGGUCAUGGCAGAAGCUCCGACUAGCCCUGGUGGCGGCAGUCACGGGAGUGGUGAUCAGAGUCCCCGUUCGAACGUUCGAGAGCAGGACAGGUACCUGCCGAUCGCGAAUAUCAGCCGGAUCAUGAAGAAAGCUCUCCCUGUUAACGGGAAAAUUGCCAAGGAUGCAAAGGAAACGGUGCAGGAAUGCGUCUCCGAGUUCAUCAGUUUCAUCACCAGCGAGGCAAGCGAUAAGUGUCAGAGAGAGAAGAGAAAGACGAUUAAUGGUGACGAUCUGCUUUGGGCGAUGGCGACGUUAGGGUUUGAAGAUUAUAUUGAUCCCCUUAAGGUGUACCUGAAUAGGUACAGAGAGAUGGAGGGUGAUACCAAGGGAUCCGCUAAGGGUGGUGAUAAAAGGGAUGUUGUUGGAGUUCAACCUGGUCCAAGUGCACAGGUUGCUCCUCAGGGAUCCUUUACGCAGGGCAUGAACUAUAUGAAUUCUCAAUCACAGGGACAGCAUCUUAUGGUUCCCAUGCGAGGCACGGAAUAAUAAGGUGUCUAAUGCAUUGUGACCAAAUCAUGCUGAAUUCAAUUACUAGUAGAUCUUAUUUCGCACCCAGAUUGUAAGUGUUAUAAUUUUUCUGAUCCGAGCAGCAGUUUAGGUGGUGGUGGUGUUCAUUUCAAGGCAGAGAGAACAGGUUAAUUCUUUGAAGUUUCUGUAUAUUUUGGGUGCUUCAAGUAGACUGACCUGUCGAAGACGCACAUUUGAAGGAUUUAUUAUAAAUUUAUAUGCUUCUUUUCUCAAGCUGUAUAGCGGAAAUUGCCCUGUUAAUCUGAUAUUGAUUCUGGUUGGGUUUGUUUUGGUGCUCAAGACGGGGGAGCUGUUGUGCCGGUGAUUUUUAAAGCUGCAUGGCUUCAUGUAUGUUCAUAUGCACCCUCGCUUGGUCUA